GACGACGAAGACGAUGACGAUGCUUUGAUGGGCAGCCAGGCCACCCCGACUAAACCCAGCAAGGCCAUGACCCCAGUCAAGGUAAACGGUCAAAAGUACAUAAAGCUGGAGCAGAUUGGGAGCGGUGGCAGCAGCAAAGUGUAUCGAAUGCUGGGCCCAGAUCUCAAGAUUUACGCGCUGAAGAAGAUCAAGCUGAAAAAGCUUGACGCGCAGAGUAUUGCCCAAUUCACAAACGAGAUCAACCUGCUGAAAAAGUUGCAAGGAAGCCCCUACAUCAUCAAGCUGAUUGCGGCAGAGCAGGAUUUGAAGCAACGACAGAUCAACGUGAUAAUGGAGCACGGUGAGAUCGAUUUAAGCGAGCGGCUACGCAACCUUAAAGGCGGCAUGGACGAGAAUCUCUUGCGGGUAAUUUGGGCUCAGAUGCUUAAAGCUGUCAACGCGAUUCACACCCAGAGGAUUAUUCAUGGCGACUUAAAACCAGCCAACUUCUUGUUCGUGAAUGGUGCGCUCAAACUGAUCGAUUUCGGCAUCGCAAAAACAAUCUCGAACGACACGACAAACAUUGAGCGCGACAGUCAGGUUGGCACCGUCAACUACAUGUCACCAGAGGCGAUUCAAGGGAACACAAUGCCCGAUGGAAAGCGUGACCCUGAAGGGAGAAUGAAGGUUGGACGUGCGAGUGAUAUCUGGUCGCUAGGCUGUAUUUUGUACCAGAUCGUGUACUCGAGGCCCCCCUUUGCUGAUGCGCGCAACAUCGUUGAGAAAUUUCGAUGUAUUAUCGACCCGUCAGUACCGAUUCCCUUCCCGGCGCUGAAGAAUAAAGACCUGGAAGAUGUCAUACGCUCCUGCUUACAGCGCGAUCAUCGCCUUCGACCACCGAUCGACGGUGACGAUGGUUUGCUGAGCCACCCGUUUUUACGAAGUACCGGUUCGAGCGCUAUUGCGCCGUCAGCUCCUACCGUGACGUUGGAGAACGCGCCCCAGGUUCUCGCACAGCUUGGCGAUCUGCUUCGCUCCCAGGGUAUUGAAACCACUCGUCUGAACAUGUUCCUGUCGAUUGGACAAGCCGGAUUGCGCGCUUCAACCGACGACGUCCCUCAGACGCCUCGCUACCUCUACAACACUCAAGAGCGACGGACAGAUAUUUAA